GCUCGUGCCUCCCCGGCUACAACAAUGAGUGGGAGAGAGCAUGUGUGGCUAGUUUGAAUGGAAGUUUCCUUCACUAAAAACAGCCCGUAAUAUUCACUACAUGUGCUCUUUGGAGUUUCCUCAGCUGCGGGUCAAUGGAGCUGGAGGAUCAGUGGUGGCAGGGACAGCUGGCUGCAGACAUCUACCAGUCACUGCGGUACAAAGAACUGAAGCUGCCCUCCUAUAAAGGCCAGUCCCCUCAGCUCAGCCUGAGACGGUACUUUGCGGACCUGGUAGCGAUCGUCAGUAACCGUUUCCGUCUGAGUCCUGCAGCCAGACACCUGGCCGUCUACCUGCUGGACCUCUUCAUGGACCGCUACGACGUCACGGUGCAGCAGCUCCACAUGGUCUCGCUCUCCUGUCUGCUCCUGGCCAGUAAGUUUGAGGAGCGGGAGGACCGGGUGCCCAAGCUGGAGGCUCUGAACAGUCUGGGCUGCAUGAGCUCCAUGAACCUGGUCCUGACCAAGCAGGGUCUGCUCCACAUGGAGCUGCUGCUGCUGGAGACCUUCCAGUGGAACCUGUAUCUGCCCACAGCGGCUCACUUCAUAGAGUACUACCUGUCUGCUGCCGUCCACGAGGCAGACCUGCAUGACGGCUGGCCCAUGAGCUGCCUGGAGAAGACCAAGCUCUACAUGGAGAAGUACGCUGACUACUUCCUGGAGGUUUCCCUGCAAGAUCAUGUGUUCCUGUGUUUCGUCCCGUCGCUGGUCGCUGCUUCCUGUGUGGCGACCUCCCGCCUCAUCCUCCACCUGUCCCCCACAUGGCCCCCCCGCCUGCAGCGCCUCACAGGCUACACCUGGGAGAACAUCGUCCCGUGUGCCGAGAAACUCCUCAUAGCACAUGACAGUGACGUCAAAGAGGCCAACAAGCAGAAGUGCCAGCCGGUGGGCCAGCAGCAGCAGCAGCAGCAGCAGCAGCAGGGCCAGACGGUGUUUCAUGCUUCAGGCCAGUCGGCCUCCGUGGCUCAGUACCUGCACCGGCCCAGCGUGCCGUUCCCCCAGCAGGCCCAGCCGCCGGGCCACCGGCCCCCCGCCGCCUACCUCAGCCACUCCAGCGCCAGCAUGCAGCCUCCCAACGCCAACACCGGCGCCGUGCAAGAUCCAAAGUCCAGCCUUCCUAACAGGGCUUACCAAGUCAGCAUGCACUACACCUGCGCUGCUCCGUGCUUUGACCGAUGAUCAGUUUUCAGGAAGAGAUGUGAGCAGUUUCUCUUGAAAUACCCUGAAAGGAAAAAAGAAAAAGUUUUUAAUUUGAAGAUGAGAUGAGAUGAGUCCAGCACUUUGACCCACAAGGUGUACACAAUGUGCAAUAUGUUGUUUUCUGUGGAGAGCCUGCAGUAGGUUUUUUUGUUUUGUUUGUUUGAGAUAUUUGGGUAUGAAUGUUGUUGAGAGGUGGUUAGAGGCAGAGUUUGCACCACUGGUGUCACUGUAUAAUUUAGCUACAGACCAAAAAAGUCUUGUAUUUAUUUGAGCCAAAUUACCUCAGAAGUAUUACAUGAAUGUAAAGAAAUACCUCGUAGCCUUUGUGAAGGGCAGUUACAGAAAGGGACUGAUGUUGGUUUGUAGUUGAGAUUAGAGAACACUUUGUUUGUGUCGGUGUUCUGUACCUCCAACUUUUCUUUUGUUGUGUUUUUUUUUUGUGUCAUUUAUAAAACAUAAGAAAAAUCUACUUGUAGAUGUCACAAUUUAUUUGCAGAGUAAAUUGUUGCUCUUCUGUUCGCAGAGGAUUCCAGUCAGUGCUGUGCACUUCUAUGACGAGAGUUUUAAAUAAAAUACAAUUCUGUGUUAGUUGAACUGA